AUGUGGCAUUGCUGGUCCAUCUACAAACAUCGGAAAGGAGUUGUCAGCAAUGCAUGCAUAAACACCGUUCAUCGUUGCUUCAGCCUGUGUUAUGAUCAGGUUGUUACCAUCAUAUUCUAUCAAGGGCGAUGGUUCAAUAGUUGCUCCAUCUUUUUCCCAUCUAGCAAACGGUUUCGGAUAGCCGAUCACGGGACACAGUAGUUCGAGCCGUUCUCCCGCAAGUGCUUUCUUCACAGCUCCAAUCACCUUCGGUGGACGAACACUGGGCACCUCGUGGAAAAUGGAACCAGUCGGGAGGCGCAGGACGGGUGGACAAUACAUUGAUAGGAACCCUUUGAGCAGAUGUCCUUCACUUGUUCGCACCUCACACAUGUACCUUCCGGCGGCUGUCGCUGGCACUUUACCAAUAUGUAGCUUUGCUUUGCUGUCCUUGAUUUUUGCUUCAAACACCUUUCCAUCCCUGAGACGAGUGAAUUCACCGUAUUCAAUUGGUACCUUCUCGCCAAGCUUUUCUGCUGCACACCUGAAUGUCGUUUUUCAAUAUUCCAGCAGAAAGUGCCCUUCUUGUGACUAA